AGUUGUCUCGUGUAAACAAAUGGUUAACCCUGUUGAUAGGAUAUUGCACCAGUUUUGUCACGAGAUUGACCACGUAAAGAUCUAGUGGUAUAGAUUGAUCUAGAACAUUUAAUGUAUCUAUAAAUCUAGGAUGUAAUUAUCCUCUUAUUUACUAUAAUACUGUAAUUCUAAUAAUAAUAUUAUUAUAAUUAUUCAAUAUAAUACAAUACAUCAAAUGAUCAACUUCAAGACGUCGCUACUGACAGAAAGUGAGAAACACACUCAUCUGACUUACUUAUCUUAUAAAAUUAUAUAGAUCUAGACUAAUACAGACUACUCAUAUUCAUAUUGUAACUAAAAAAAUAGAGAUCCAGCUAAAAUAGGCUCUAAGCAUAGUGAGAGUAUUAAUCUACAAUUCUGGUUAUUUACUACUGUAACUGUAACUCUAGUUUGUAUUCAAGAUCUAGAUAUCUAGAUCUAGAUUCUAGAACAUAUUUAUAGUUAUUCUAAAUUUCUAAAUCAAACUGUUCUUAUUGAUGGGAUGGAUUCCAUAGUUACCAAAGAUGCUCUAAAUUUAAAGGAGCAUGUUCGAAAAGUAUUUGAAGAGGAACUGCAGAGAGAUGAUGCAUUCCUAGACAAGAAAGAUCUGCAGAUGCUUCUGCAAGAAGAUGACGAAUCAGAGGCAGGUCCAAGACUUUCCAUAGUAGGUUACCCUACUUAUCCUUUAUACAGAGAAAUAGCUCAAAUGUUGACUUUAUGGAUGACUGAGAAACACUGCCCUUCAUUGGAUCUGCCAAGGUUUGAUCUUCUCGAUGAGAAAGGAUACAUUGAGACAAGGGCAGCAACUAUAAAGGCAAUAACACCACUUCUGAAUGGGUUAGAGUCCUUGUGGUCACUGUGGACAGAAGAUGAAAUCAAAUAUAGAGUCAGAGAAAUACUUCUACUCCUGGGACUGAGAGGUAUCCUAGAUCUCUUGGGGAUCAGAAAGACAGUAGGGACAAAAGAAAUGCUCCCUCCUUCACGUAAAUUACUUUUGGCUUCUUUCACUGCCAAGCACUCUCCAAACAGUGAACUUACAGUUGGCGCAAGGGCCUUGGCGAAACAUUUUCACAGGGACAAGUCAGACUCCUGGUGGGGAAACUGCUCAGGGUCAGAGGCGGAGAAAAACAGGCACGCACUGCAAAUCAUGCAAAAUGUGUUGGACAAUGCUGUUUGGAUAAAUAUCCAUUGGUUGCCGCACGAUGUGUUUAUAAUUGAAGCCAGGCAAGAUCAAGGUUAUGGGUUGCGCUGGUCAGCUGAUGGGUCUAAUUUCAGAGGAUUUUUAGAACCACAGAUGAUAGAUGGACAUGAAGUAGGAUGGAGGCAUUAGACAGUGUUAAGGACACAGGGGCAAUCAUGUGGAACUAACAUUGAGCAGAGCUGUGUUUGCUGGACACUUAAAGGCAGCACUGACACCUAGUCCCCUACUAAAAUAGAUUGAAGCAUUGUGCCCUGAGCAUUCUAUAAGCAUGUACCUUUUCUAUUACAUUUUUUGUUAUUUCUUAAAUGUGAUAAUUUUGUUUACUGUUGAUGCCUGUGAUAUUUGUUUAAAAACCUUAACCCUUAAAACGCGUGUGGUAAUUUAGCCUCUGAACAACACAAUUGUAAUUCCAUUUUGUAGGCACUCAUUGUAAAACAGCUCAGCAUUUUAAGGGUUAAUCAUGACAUGUAUGUUUUAUAAUGAAAAAUCCCUUCUAAAUAUGCUAUAAGUGAUAUGAAUCCUUUCACGUUCAAUUUUGUUUGAGUAUUCCAUAGUAUGUUGGUUCAUGUCUAGUGCCAGAAUUUCUGGGAAGCUUUUAUGUUGUUGUUUUUGUGUUAUGUUGAAAUUGUCCUGAGAAAUGCUGUCCUCAUUUAAAUGGCCUAAAUCAUUUCUAUUUUAUUGUUCUUAUUUGUACACAAGACUAUGCAACAUGGUCAAACAACAUCAUGUCAUCAUUAUAAUUCAAAUAUUAUGUUUUGAAACUAAAAGGUGUAGCUCUACUAGUCCAUGUCUAAAUAAAACUAGAACUCAAAAGUAUUCAUAUUUUUUAUUAAAUUAAAUUAUUUUUCUGUCUUUUCUUUUUUAAUAACUGUUUAUGAAAUAUUUGACAGAUAGUUGUAUUAAAAAGUAUUUUUACAUUUAAAA